ACAAAGUGCCCCGCAAGGCCCCAAGCUUCCGGACCCCCAGGGAGGACUUGAGGCUACGACAUCUCAACUCUAAACACGUAACGUGGCUGGCAUCACGCUGUUAGGAAACUCGGAGCAUCGCCAUCACCUAGCUUUUACGCCUCCCAUCCUUCUAUUCUCCUCCGACCGACGGUGCCGAGACGCACUCCGCAGCAUGGCCUCUUGAAAGGCAGUCCCAAAUUCUCUUUUGCAUUCUCUUCGACAAUUUGCGACAGAUUUGAUGAAAAAGGGACACGACAGACACGACACAUAACCCCCCCAAACACUAACCUUUUUGGCGUGGAUCUACCGCCAAAAUGCCCGACUCGAUCGAUGCUCCGCUGAUGGCCGGCCGCCAGGACCGGGACGACGAGCUUGACUACCGGGACGCGGAUGAGGAGGCCGACGUGCUACCCGCGUCCAUGAAGCAUGCACGCCAAUCGGGUCCGAGUCUAUUUGUAUGGCUCCUCACAUUUGCUGCCGGCAUCAGCGGAUUGCUCUUUGGAUAUGAUACGGGCGUAAUAUCAGCAACGCUCGUCAAGAUCGACACCUCCCUAUCGAACCGAAUCCUCACGACAUUCGACAAGUCCAUCAUCACCUCCAGCACCGCCCUCUUCGCCCUCCUCGUCUCCCCCUUUUCCUCCAUCGUCGCCGACGCCCUGGGCCGCAAGCGCGUCAUCUUCGUCGCCGACAUCCUCUUUAUCCUCGGCGCCCUGAUGCAGGCCUGGGCCGGCACCGUCACCUCCAUGGUCAUCGGGCGGUCCAUCGUUGGUUUGGCCGUCGGCGCCGCCAGCUUCGUCGUGCCCCUGUACAUUGCCGAGCUCGCGCCCGCCAGCCACCGCGGCCGGCUCGUGACGAUGAACGUCCUCUUCAUCACGCUCGGCCAGGUGGUUGCGUACAUCAUCGGCUGGGCGUUUGCCGAGUACGGCGACCAGUCGACGGGAUGGCGCUGGAUGGUCGGUCUCGGGGCGCUCCCCGCGGCGCUGCAGUGCUCCAUCCUCGCCCUCAUGCCCGAGUCUCCGCGCUGGCUCGUCAUGGUGGGCCAGUCGCUCAAGGCCAAGAAGGUCGUCGAGAGGGUGCUGGGCAACACCGUUGGCGGCAUGAGGAACGCCGAGGCCGUCAUCAAGGAGAUUGAAAUCGAAAUCAGGGAGGAGAGGGAGGUCAUGAGGCGGGAAGGGUCGCCGCGCAUGGAGUGGUGGGGAGGCUGGCAGGAGCUCUUCUCCGUCGGGAGGAACAAGCGCGCGCUGGUCAUCACCUGCCUGCUCCAGGGCCUUCAGCAAUUAUGCGGCUUCAACUCGCUCAUGUAUUUCUCGGCGACGAUUUUCAAAAUGGUCGGCUUCGGCACGCCCACGCUCACCGCCAUGAGCGUCGCCGUGACGAACUUCAUCUUCACGGUGGCGGCGCUGUGUCUCAUCGACCGCAUCGGGCGACGCAAGAUCCUGCUCUACUCUCUGCCGUUCAUGAUUGCGGGCCUGAUGCUCUCCGCAUACGGCUUCUCCUUCGUCGACCUCCGGCCCGAAACGGUGGCGGCCUCGGAGGGUGGCACGGGCGAGGGCGCGGGCACAGACAGGGGCGCGGCGGUGCUGAUCCUCGUCAGCAUCAUGGGCUACGUCGCGGCGUACGCGCUGGGACUGGGCAAUGUCCCCUGGAUGCAGAGCGAGCUGUUCCCGCUCGCGGUGCGGUCCAUUGGCAGCGGCGUCUCGACGGCGACGAACUGGGGCGCCAACUUUGUGGUGGGCCUGACGUUCCUCCCGCUCAUGGACGCGCUGAGCCCGUCGUGGACGUUUGUGCUCUACGCGUUGGUGUGUCUGGUGGGCUACGGGCUCAUCUGGCGCAUCUAUCCCGAGACGUCAGGGUUGAGUCUCGAGGAGGCGACGAAUUUGCUGGAGAAUGGAUGGGGCGUCCGACGAUAGCCCCGAAUUGCCGGGACCUUUGGCAUGGUUGUGCAUUUGUCCAUAUGGGGGACCCUUGUUUUUUUCUUUGCACUACGAAGGGUGGAUGGGAUCCCCCUGGUAUUUUACAUAUUUUAGAUGACAAGACCGAAUCAAAACAGUCAAUUACACUAAAAAAUGAGAUUUCGUGUAC